CGUAUACCGAAGUUGGUGACAUAGAGUUGAAGUAUUACCGCGUGCGGUUGUCCACGGCACUGCCACAUUACGGUAUGAUAGCGUGUGUGAGACUGAGGAGCGCAUGGUUUUAUGAGCCGUUGAGAGACGUCGAGCGAGGAGAGCGGUCGAGGGCACAAUGUAUGAACAAAAAGCGUUCCGCGUCGAGGUGUUUUGCUUGUUCCCUCGUCUCGUUCUACAACUUGGUACGAAGUAGUGGAACCUUCCAGCCUACAUACUGUCUCUAUGUAUCCGCCCCUUCCCUCCACAUCAGGAAUCGAACAGUCCCUCCCUCACCUUAAACUACUAGAUGCUUUCUGACCCAGGCGUGAAAAUCAAGUUUUUAUAGAAACGAAGAGUAGAGUUAGAAGAACACUUUUGCAGCUAAAGAUAUGAUGGACAACCUGUUGUGCACCCGUCCGCGCCCCCCUUCCGGGGUCUUUUCGGAAAUGUCUGGUGGGCCGCCACUCUCUACAACUCACCAGGCAAAACAGCUUGGAGUAGCGAGUGCCACUUCCGAGAACGAAAAUUAUAGCGCAGGUGCAGAACCAUAUCCGAAUCACCUCGGAGAGGUAUUCUUCGACUUGACGCGGAACACGGGUGCGGCGCGUCUGCGCAAGAACUUCCGUUCCAAUCCGCUGAUGAUGGAGGAAGACUAUGUGCGGAACCCCGUGCGCUCGGAGCUGCAACCGACCCCAGGAGUGCUGAAAACAAACGUGUUGUCCGAAAAUGAACAGGCAGUACUGAAGAGCUACAACUUCAGUGCUGAGAUUCUGAAGAUGAGGCGCGACAAGGAGUUGGAACAACAGCAGGCGAACGGUGACGGUAAUAACCCUGAUGCAAAAGGUCAAUUUGUAGUUUCCCAUCAGCAUCAUGCUGCAGGUCCUACUCCGAGCGAAGUAGAACAAGACCACCCGCUAUCCAAGAAAAAAACACCAUCACAAUCACACUUGGGAGGUUUUGCAUCAGAAAUUUGUCUCGCAUAACAAAACUUUCUUGUAUUGCAAAAACACAAAGGGAAAUCGGCUAUAAGUGUUGACUGUGAUGCAUUUUUGCGCAUGACAAAAAUUUUUUGUAUUGCAAAAAUGUGCAAAAGUGAUUGUGAUGGUGUUUUUUUCUUGGAUACCCGCCGAAGUUCAAAACUGCGGCAGAGCUGCGCCGGGACGCACGGGAGUCGAGGAUGUUGCACGAACAGCACGCCAAUAGCAUUGCUUUACGGAGCUUGCAUCAGCGGGGUUUGAGCAGCUUCAACGCUUCGGCCCUGUCUUUCACCAACGGCGGAGCAGGAUCUACUUCUGGUGGCUCAACAAACGCCAAGUCUUCAGGAGCAGCGACAGGCCCUUCGAUGAGCGCCGGCACGCGGGUAGUUGCUCCCGCCGCAGAACUUGGGCACGAGAGGCUCGUCACUUGGUCAUCGGAGCACAUGCGCGGCGGGACCCGGAAGCGCAACAAAACGAUGCGCGUCGAUCCGGCAAUCCUGCAAGCCUUGUCGAAGACAGGGCCCCCGCCGAGCUCAGAUUCUAGCUGCGAAUUGCCGACGAGCUUUUUGCAGCAAGAUCACAUCAUGCCAGGAGUGCGACAUGUUCUUGACCACGGUGGGGUCUCUUCCUCAACCUCCUCGAAUGGGUGGUCCUCCGGCCCCGUAACUACAGCAGCCCCCGCGCCAACUCCAGCGCCCCUCGAUCAGUUCAACAACACGUUCUUUGGAAAUUUGAAUCUACCGGCAGCCCGCGCCGGCUCCGUGAGUCACGACCCGGUAUCUCUUGCCGCGAAGAUUCUUGGCGAAGCUCCCGCCCCGCGGAUCCAGAACAGCACCCGGGCAAAGACGAGAACAGCUUCGUUCGACUUGGAAUCCACGGCUGGAUCGGAUUUUUCAAGAAGUUUCCGAACCAACGUGAAUCAGGUCAAAUUGCCGCCACUGCCCACUCGACUGGAGACUCCGGCACACGUUUUGGUUAACUGACGGCCUGAAGAAGGAACAAUGAAUGUUGACGAUGCGGCGCACUAGUAGUGCGUGUGUUUCAGUUUCUGUUUCGAUCAAAUCUCACCUGAAUGUGAAUUCAGCACCGCAAAAAAAUCAGAAACGUUCUUAUCCCACCCGUGCAACGUCGCUUUCCUUCGUUCUAUUAGAUGCACGAAAGUGGACGUGCGAUUACAGCCCCGAACCGAAUCUGAAUGAAUUCGAAUAAUUUUAUGAAAAUGAACGAACAACGAGAUUCACUAUUGCGCCUCUUAAACUGCAGUGCAGGCACUGGCACAGCCACA